GGACCGGCACCGGGACAGGCACCGGGACAGGCACCGACAGCACUGCCCGGCACCAUGGCCGAAGAGCUGGUGCUGGAGACGUGGGACCUGCACUGCGACCGCAACGGGCGGGAGCACCGCACGGCGGACAUGGGCUGCAGGCAGCUGGUGCUGCGGCGGGGACAGCCCUUCAGCAUCACCCUGCGCUUCUCGGGACGCGCCUACGACGAGGGCGUGGACAAACUCUCCUUCAACGUCGAGACCGAGGACACGGUGUUCAUGCGCGACGAGAACGAGCGCCGCGAGUACGUCCUGUCCCAGGAUGGGCUCAUCUUCCAGGGCACCUGUGAUUACAUCUACUCCAUCCCCUGGAACUUCGGCCAGUUUGAGGAUGAAGUCUUGGCCAUCUGCCUCAAGAUGCUGGACAUAAACCCCAAACACCUGAGGGACCAGAACCGGGACUGCUCCCGCCGCAAUGACCCCGUGUACAUCGGCAGGGUGGUGAGCGCCAUGGUGAACUGCAAUGACGAGGACCGGGGGGUGCUCUUUGGGCGGUGGGACAAUCGCUACGACGAUGGGAUGAGCCCCAUGGCCUGGAUUGGGAGCGUGGACAUUCUCAAGAGGUGGAAGAAUUUUGGGUGCCAGCCAGUCAAGUAUGGCCAGUGCUGGGUCUUUGCUGCUGUGGCUUGCACUGUCAUGAGGUGCCUGGGCAUCCCCAGUCGGGUGGUGACCAACUACAACUCAGCCCAUGACACCAACGCCAACCUGACCAUCGACCGCUACGUCAACGAGCGGGGGGAGCAGGAGAGGCAAUCCUGGGACAAGAUCUGGAACUUCCACUGCUGGGUGGAGUCGUGGAUGACCCGUCCCGACCUGGGAGGUGACUAUGACGGGUGGCAGGUGCUGGACCCGACCCCUCAGGAGAAGAGUGAAGGAGUUUACUGCUGCGGGCCAGCCCCCGUCAAAGCCAUCAAAGAGGGUGACAUGCUGCUCAAGUACGACAUCCCCUUCAUCUUCGCCGAGGUGAAUGCUGACGUGGUGUACUGGGUGGUGCAGGGGGAUGGGAUGCAGAAGCAGAGCAUCCGCUCCUCAGAUGUGGGGAAGUUCAUCAGCACCAAGAGCGUCGGCAGGGACAGCCGGGAGGACAUCACCCACAACUACAAAUACCCAGAGGGGUCUGAGGAGGAGCGGGCGGUGUUUGAGAAGGCAGAGCAUCAGAAGAAAUCCAUUGGGGAGGAGGAUGAGGGGCUGCACCUCAGGAUCAAGGUGUCAGAGGGUGCCAACAAGGGCAGCGACUUCGAUGUCUUUGCUGUGGUCAACAACAACACGGACGAGGAGCGUGUCUGCAGGGUGACACUGUGUGCCCGUGCCGCCAGCCACAACGGCACCCUGGGGCCCCAGUGCGGCCUCACCGACCCGGUGGACAUCGACAUUGAGCCCAGGGCAGAGAAGAGGGUGCCCCUGCGCAUCCUGUAUGAGGAGUACAAGGACAAACUGACCCAGGACAACCUCAUCAAGGUGGUGGCUCUCCUGAACGAUCACCAGACUGGCGACAUCCUCGUGGCUGUCAGGGACAUUUAUGUUGAGAAUCCACCAAUCAAGAUCAGGAUUCUAGGAGAGCCAAUGCAGAAUCGGAAGCUGGUGGCCGAGAUCAGCCUGGUGAACCCUCUCUCCGUGCCCCUGAACGGCUGCGUGUUCGUGGUGGAGGGCACCGGCCUCACCGAGGGGCAGCUGGUCAAGGAGCUUGAGGAGCCGGUGGAGCCGCAGGCAGAGGCCAAAUUCCGGAUGGAUCUGAUGCCGCGGCUGUCGGGGCUGCAGAAGCUGAUGGUGGACUUUGAGAGCGACCAGCUGACGGGGGUCAAGGGCUACCGCAACGUCAUCAUCGCGCCCCAGCCCCUGUGAGCUGCUGCCCUGGCCCCCAGCUGCAGGAGCCCUGCCUGCUGG